AUGCUGCCUCUUUCCCUAACAGAUAUAGAUUUUGAGGCCGUAGAAAACUGCAACGACCCCAAACGCCUACGCGAGAUGCUGCUGCUGCUGCAGCAGGACGGCGGCUACUAUAUACAGCUGCAGCAAGCAGCAGCAGCAAAGCUGCAGCAGCUGACUGGGAGGCCCCUGCGGCCCCCCCCCCCAACAGCAGAAGAGAGAAAGGCAAUAGAAGCAGAUUUGUUAGACCACUCAAGCGGGCAGAGCGACGCUGGCGCUGCAGCAUCAGCAGCAAAAAGCAACAGCAGUAGCAACAGCAGCAGCAGCAGCAGCAACAGCAACAGCAGCAGCAGCAGCAGAGGCAUGGAGAUUCAGGUGCAGGUCAUCGAAGACUCCGAAGACGAAACUGAUAGAUAA